AUGGCUUAUAAAGCAGCACAUUUGGCCUUUAAGUCACGCUGGCACAAGACAGAUGAAGAACUCUGUCGGCACAGUAUGUCCUUCAUCUUGCAUAAGGCCAUCCGAAAUGACUUCUUCCAGAGUUACCUUUAUCUGCUGGAAAAGCUUCCCCUGGUGAAACUUUACGCAUUGACAAGUCAAGUUAUCAAUGGGGAGAUGCAGUUCUACGCCAGGGCCAAACACUUCUACCAGGGGGUGCCAGCCACAGAAGAGGGCAUGAUGGGAGACUACAUUGAGCUCUCCAAUACAGACAUUGAAUCCUCCCGGGAGUUUCUCAGGAAGUUUGUUGGGGGAGUGGGGAAAGCUGGCACCAGCCGUGCCCUGGACUGCGGCUCUGGGAUAGGUCGUAUCAGCAAGCAUGUCCUGUUGCCAGUUUUCAAGAGCGUGGAACUGGUGGAUAUGAUGGAGAAUUUUCUGGCUGAGGUCCCAAACUACCUGCAGGGCAAGGAGGACAGAGUAGAGAUGUAUUAUUGUAAAAGCCUCCAGGAAUUCACUCCAGCCCCACAAAGAUAUGAUGUCAUCUGGAUUCAGUGGGUUUCAGGAUAUCUGACAGAUAAAGAUCUCCUGGAAUUUCUCAUCCGAUGCCAGAAUGGCUUGAGGGAUAAUGGUGUCAUCAUUCUCAAGGACAAUGUAGCCAGGGAGGGCUGUGUCCUGGAUUGUCUGGAUAGCAGUGUGAUCCGAGACCUGGAUAUCAUCCACAGCCUCAUUGAAAUGAGUGGACUCACUAUCCUACGAGAGGAGAGGCAGGAAGGAUUCCCUGAGCAGUGUGUCCCAGUCUGGAUGCUGGCCAUGCAGAAAGGCCCUGGCCAUUUCUGA